CUCUGUGGAUUUCAGGGGCUGAGGUCCGCUUCCUUUAUACCGACACGGGAAGUCAAUCACAGCAAAGUUACAAUUGCUGAACGUAAAGGCUGUUGCGCUUUCACGAAAGUGCAUGAUAAUAUAUCAACAAAAGUAACCAAGGCACAGAGAUCUUAACUCUGAAAAAAACAAACCCAGGGAAUAGACCGAAGAUCGGUGGCCUGUUGAGAAUCUUUUUUUUUUUUUUUGUGAGUGCAUAGUCCUGUCUAGAGGUGAACGAUGGGUGCUGUUCUGGGGGCCUUUUCUGUGGCAAGCUGGGUCCCCUGCCUGUGCAGCAGUGCCACGUGCUUGCUGUGCAGGUGCUGUCCCAGCAGCAGGAACUCCACGGUGACGCGGCUCAUCUACGCCUUCAUCCUGCUGCUGGGGACCAUCGUGUGCUGCGUCAUGCUGUCCCCCGGGGUGGAGAAGCAGCUGAAGACGAUUCCCGGGUUCUGUGACGGCGGUGCCGGCUCUUCCGUCCCCGGAGUGCACAUGGACAUUAACUGUGAUAUUUUUGUGGGCUACAAAGCCGUGUACCGGGUCUGUUUCGGCAUGAGCCUCUGCUUCCUGUUUUUUGCCCUGCUCACGAUCAACGUGAAGAACAGCCGCGACCCCAGAGCGGCCGUCCAUAACGGGUUUUGGUUUUUCAAGAUAGCUGCCAUGAUUGCAGUCACAGUCGGUGCCUUUUACAUUCCGGAGGGGUCUUUCACCCACACCUGGUUUGUUGUGGGCAGCGGUGGAGCUUUCUUCUUCAUCCUCAUCCAGCUGGUUCUCCUGGUGGACUUUGCCCACUCCUGGAAUGAGGCCUGGGUAGACAACAUGGAGAAAGGCAACUCCAGGGCCUGGUAUGCCGCUUUGCUGUCGAUGACUGGGCUAUGCUACGUCAUGUCCCUGGUCGCCAUCAUUUUGUUCUACGUCUUCUACACCAAGCCAGAGGGUUGCGUCAUUAACAAAUUCUUCAUCAGCUUUAACAUGAUCCUCUGCAUCGUGGCUUCUGUCAUUUCUGUUAUGCCUAAAGUGCAGGAGGCCCAACCUCGGUCUGGCCUGCUACAGUCAGCCGUCAUCACUCUCUACACCAUGUACCUGACCUGGUCCGCCAUGACCAACGAGCCUGACCACGAGUGUAACCCCAGCCUGCUCAGCAUUUUCCAGCAGAUCGCCUCUCCCACGACUGCCCCAGAGAUGGCAGAGAAUCAGACCCACGUGGUGAUCAUCCGCGCGGAAGAGCCCAUCCCCUCCGCUCCUUACAUACAGUGGUGGGAUGCCCAGAGCAUUGUGGGAUUGGCCAUUUUUGUCCUUUGCAUUCUUUACUCAAGCAUUCGCUCCUCCAACACCAGCCAGGUGAACAAGCUGACCCUGGCCUCCAAGGACGCGGUGAUCCUGGAGGAGAGCUCGGUGGGAACCCCGGAGGAGGUGGAGGAGGGGGACGGGCCCAGGAGGGUGGAGGACAACGAGAGGGACAUGGUGCAGUACAGCUACUCCUUCUUCCACUUCAUGCUCUUCCUGGCAUCGCUCUACAUCAUGAUGACGCUCACCAACUGGUACAGCCCUGAUGCUGACUACAACGUUAUGACCAGCAAGUGGCCCUCGGUGUGGGUGAAGAUCUCCUCCAGCUGGGUCUGCCUGGCGCUGUACGCCUGGACCCUGAUCGCCCCCAUGGUCCUCACCCACCGAGACUUCAGCUGAGUCCAGUACGCCCCCACGUCACACCUCCCAAAGCCAAAACUUCUCACAUUCCUUCUGUCUUACAACUAUUACUGCACAUUACACACGCUUCCGGUUCAAAACGGGAAUUGUUCUAUUUGUCAAAUUAGUUAUUGGUCCAUGCAGUUAUUUUUGUGGGUGGUUAAACGUAGGUAGUUAGAAAGGAACAUCAAAAGUCACUAGGUAAUCACUAGAUGUUCACUUUGUCAGGGAAGAAAUAUGAUAUAAUUUAUGGUAGAUACUUAUAGUAGAUUUAUGCUGGAAUUCAAAUUCAAAACAUUUAUGAUUAAUUCCCAGCAGUUCUGGUGGCUUAAAUAUUGGUCCGUAAAUAUUUCAUCUUCAUGUGCGUAUAGUGAGACGUGCUGGUGCCGGGUAAACAAAAGAAAAAUAAAGAAAAAUUGCCAUUUUGAUUAGACGCAAAAGGACAGCCUAGGUGAGGGUAGAAGACCACAGCUGUCUUUCCUUAGGUGCAAACAGAAAGAAAUGGAAUUACAGCAGAACUACCUAAAUACAAAUUCACCUGUGUGAACUUCCAGUCAUUCCAGUCCUGUUUAGCCAGCUAUCGAUGCUCGAUGUUUUUGUUUCACGAUGAUAUGAAUGUCAUGCAUUUCAAUUUUUUGACUCCGUAGGCCUAAUUGAUUAUAUCGUCCGUUUAAUCAUGCACCCAUUCCGUUUUACUUAAGUCGUUCAAUUGGAUACAGACAGUGCAACCUUUCCAUAAAGUGGUUAAAACGGGUCUGUGCAAAUCCAAAGGCUUGUGUACAUGUGCAUUGCCGAAAUGAACAGAUAAGCCUGAUUGAAUUUAAUCUAGCUUUGGCAAUACAGUCCGGUUUGCUGCUGUCUCAAUAUUAAGCUUUAUACAGCCAGUCUUAGUUUUAAGUUGCACUGAUUUCAGUCCGACUGUGUUAAAAUAUUUUGUCAUGAAAUCUGAUUUUAUAUAACUGUAAACUAUUACAGUAUGCUGCUGUCUAAUGCCUUACGUUUUCUAUUUGAAUUGUGCACUUUUGCUGUCUUUAUUUUAAAGCAUAGCAAAACCUGAGGAAAAAAAAGAGAGAUUUUAGUAAAUAUUUAAUUGCUGAAUUUGGAAUGUAGAUGCUUUUGCCAAAUAUUUCUGAAAGCUUUAUAGUAGCACGUACUGUAUUUAUGUUGUUUUAAGUUUAAUCUUAUAAUAGUAAAAAGUAAAUGGUAUGAUGCAAUGACAGACUAAUAGACAUAUAACACUGGAAGGCUGGAUUGCCUAAUCGAUGACUGACGUUAAUAUGUUUAAUGUUUAAUAUGUUUAAUGAAAUGAGCUUUGUGAGAUUUGUCUGCACAGAUGUUCCAUCUCAGAGUACACUUUUUUUUAGCUGCACUGAUUCACAUACAAACUGAGUUUACCUACUGUACUGAGUAUAUACUGAGAAUGUAGAGUUAAUAAAGAGCACAGUAUAAUUCAUGGGUGUAAUGUUCUGUAAAAAUGAGGUGAUAUUUGAUGUCUUAGCUCUGAGAGCUGACAGAACACAUUUUGACCACCUGCCAAAGCUCAUGCACUAGGGUCUGCUCCACUGACUAUACAUGCAUAGUUUCUCUUCCAUGUGUGUAUAUAUAGAUGAAAAAUUACACUGAACUGGUAGUUGUCCGCAUAUAUAUAUGAAAUCCUUUUCUUGUGAAAACGGGCCAAAGAUAUGCAAAACUGUCAGUGAUGCUCAAGCAGUUGACUGGCAUUCUCAUUCUGUGCACUGACCAGUUUUUAGUUUAGGUCAGCUAAAUAAUUAGUUUAGACAGCAAAAACACAAGUGUUACUCACUCACUCCCAGCUCAGUGGGUUCACGGAAAUAAUGCGGCCUAAUUAUUAUGUUGGUAGCCAAAAAAUGACACUCUUUUUUGUCAGCAACAACAUAAAAGCUCAGGUUAUGAUGUGUUGCACUCCUUGAAAGCUGAGAACUAAUUUAAUUUAAUGUCUCACAGAGCUGAAAAAUUCAUGAAAAUGAUUGAAAAAUGUCCUAUGUUCCGUUUGCUAGCUUGCAGGUAUAAGUGUAGCUGGUAUAUCCUUGUAUUGCUUUGAUUUUUAUCUUUGUCUUUAAUAAAAACACAAAAGUACUUGCAGGCACUUACUCAGUGACAUAUUUGUAACACUGUGGAAUGCUUCCUCUUGCACUUAAAAUGACUUUAGUUCCUGAUUGCACAUCGUGCUUAAAAUAAAAAAAUAAAACCUCUGUUGCAAUGUGAUGGAAAUAAAGACAAAAAAGCUUGAUACCAA